GUUCAUUAGUCUCUUUCAUUCCGUAUUUAAUUGGCUCGAGCUUUGUAGAAUUUUAGACGCUAAUUUCGGAGCUUAAUCGGAAACACGUACACGAGUGCAUCUCGUUUUCAUCGGUCGCGUCACACGAUCUUCUUUUAAUCUUAACAAGAGUCGCGCUUAAGCCUCUCCAGACGAUUGACUCGACCUACAUAUACACAGCAAGGCACAAUAUUUAAUUUAGUAAUCAUGGUGAUGAUUUUUUUCGAGUUUGACUCAAAUGGCGCUUACCGGACAAAGCCAAGCGCGUCUCUUCAUCGUGUUAUUGAUCAAUCAUUCGGCAUGGCUUGACGCGGCUUUAUUCCGACAUGUAGUACAAGUAGGUGUCGGGAUCAAAAACACACACGUUCGUAUUUCAUUGUCGUUUCCCACAUUAUUGUCUCGGCAUUCGAUUAUUUAUUAUUCUUUUUUUCGAUUUAUUAAAAUUUUGUUAUAGCCGCAAGAAUAGUAAGUUUUAAAUAAAUAGUAACUAGGUGUGAAUAAAAUUGUAAACAGAAGAACGGAUACAUUUGAUCAUCGCAGGUACUUUACUGUAUCAAUUCGACAAACGAGCGAUUCACUAUAAAAUCAUUAAAGAUGAUUUAUUUAAGAAAUUCAACCUCGCCAACUAUGAAGCCUUCUCAAAUUUAAUCUAUGAAGCUUGCAAGUUAACAGAAAAGAUCGAUAAACAUGAUUGAGUUACCUGACAUAAGUUCAUUUAUUUACUUCCAAGGUUUUAUGAUCAUUUACUGAUAGAUCUGAUAAGUACACAUGGUGUUCUACUUAUUGACAAUAACUUACAAUUUGUUCAUAAUUUAAUAGACGACAAAUAAGAUCAUAGAUUUAUAAUUUUACGUCUGCCACGAAAUAUCGUUAAGCUACUAAAAAUGGAAAGUCCAGUGAAGAAACGGAGAGAGUCGAAGAAAGAGCGACGAUCCAUCGAUUUGAACAAUUCGGAGCACGUGAUCGGCCAGUUGAAGGGAAAACUCGCGAUUGUUACAACUGAAAUGAAAGAUGCUGUAGAAAAGAUGAAUAGUAUGACAAUGGAGAUGAACAAGAUCAAAGAAGAAAACAUUUCAUACAAAGAUCGAAUGGCUGACCUCGAGCAGGAAAAUGCUCUUCUCGUUUCUCAAAUCGAAGAAAUGGCCAAUGAGCAGGCGCAAAGGGACGCCAUCAUCGAGGAAUUUGGUAUAGCUGUCGAGGCCCGAAUCGUCGAGUGGAAGGAAAUAUUGGACGAAAAGGACACGACCAUCGCCAAGCUCAAAGAGAAUCUCAUGGCUACGGACAGACUGACGAACGUCUCGCCGGAGGAGAAAAGCCACGCGGAGAUGGAGCGAUUGAUUCAGGACAUCGACCGCCGCGACGAGAUAAUAGCCGAGCUACAGAGCAAGCUCGCCGAGGCAGUUGUCGAGAUAAACGAGAGUAGUUUGCUCAUUGAAAAGUUCAGAUCGGACUGCAAGGCGAAAGACGGUCCCAAGCGGCUCAGCAAGGACCAGCGGGAGCUGAACAAGAAGAUGGCAGAUGCGAAUAAAAGAAUAAGCACUCUGGAGCAUUUGUUGGAGCGCGUUGAAAAAGAUGCCAAGGUCAAAAGUGAACAGCUCUGCGAGGCUCUAGCGAUUUUAAACAAGUACGAGGACGAAAAUACGAGCUUGGCAGAGGCGUUCCAAGAGAUUCGAGUUUUGAAGGAUCAAGUGUUGAAGAAAAAUCAACAUAUCGAAGAAUUCGUGAACAUCGUCAAUAAGCUUGAGGAAGAAAACACCCAGUUGGAAGAAGCUAUCGUGAUAUUGCGAAAUAAAUCCAGCACAGGGGAGGAUGAAGAUCUUUCCCUCGGAGAGUUGGUUCUCAACCGGCACAAAGCUCAGGAAGAGCAAAUCAUGAAGAUGCAACGAGAUUUGGACGAACUUUCCAGUGAAAAUGUCGGCUUGAAAUUCCAGAUUCGCAAACUGAAAACUGCGCUAAAAGAAACGCUGAAAAAUCAACUGAAAAGAUCGAACGGUACAUCGAGCGACGGUGAAAAUCAGGAUCAACUGAGUCAACGCUCGGAAUCGAAAAAAGAACACGUUGAGCUUUUGCGAAUAAAGGAAAACGUAAAGUCGAUCAUUGAAGAGAACGAGGCGCUGCGGCAAGGAAUGCACGAAAUUCUCGAUUGCAUUCAUAAUCAAGAAGGUCAAAGUAUCGUUACGAUUCAAUCCGAAACGUUGGAAAAUUUGCUUCAAGCCUUGGAUGCAAGACAUUUAGCUGGUUGGUAUCAUCCAGCGAUGCGUCUUCAGGGUCGCGUUAAUUACUUACAGGGAAGCAACGCCGAGCUCAGAGCACAACUUCAACAAAUCAGAAAAAAUCAGAUAAUGCUGCAAGCACAAAUUCAAGAUCGAUCGGACAGCGUCGAGGAGGGCGAAUGCUCCCAGCCUCGGUCGACCUCGCCCCCCGUCGAAAUGUCGUCGCCGCAUCGCAAAGACGCGAUGCACGACUCGCCCAAAUCCGCUCGAAGCUCGCACUCGCAGAACGCGGACUCGGGCCGGGCCUCGGGCAAAGCCACCGAGCUCGAGGAGAUGCAGCAGGCCGACGACGACGUGGCGGCCUAUUACGGCGGCAACGACACGCCCAUGGCCGACGACGCCGAGUCGCUCGGCAAACGAUCCGAGGAGAUUUACGCCAUGGCCAAGGAGAUGGUCGCGCAGGAGAGCGACUUCAGACGCGCCCUGAACGACGCCGAGAAGAAGCAGAAGAUCCUCGAGGCCAGGAUAGCGGAGCUGCGCGGAAAUCUGAGCAGCUGCGUGUCGCCGGAGGAGCACGAGCGCUUGAAACAACAGUGUCUGGACGCGAACUUGAGGCUGAGAUCGGCCCUCGAGUCCAAGUACGCCGAGCAGAGCGACGAGCUUCGAGGCAAAGCCAUGAGCGAGCUGCGCAACGAGUUGGUGGUCUUGCACAGUCGUUUGGCUCAAUUGUCACCAAAAAUUAGGAAAAAUCCGUCCGAGGACGAUGGAUACUCGGACGACAUCACGGAGUUGAAAGCGGAAAACGAGAGACUGAAGAAAGCCGCCGAGAUAGCGCACGAGGAGGCCCUGGUCCAUCGGGAAAUCGACUCGACCGUCUUGGCGGAAUUCAACGACUUGCGCAAACGAAUUGCCAAAUUCGAGGUCGGUGACGGCGAGGCACUGCGCGAAACGGCCAGAUUGUCGCUCGAAGUAGCCAAUCGCAAAGUCGUAGAGGUCGAGUUGCGCGAAAAGAUCAGCCUGCUCGAGAGAAAAGUUAUGGAAAUGCAGGAGACGAUGGAUAGGAAAAGAGAGUCGGACAGCGACGGCGAGAUAGCCGAGCAAAGACAAACGACUUUCAGCUCGAAUGAAAAUCAAAUCGAAGUAAUAGAAUUUUUGCAACAACAGUACGCAGGUUCGACAUCUUUGAGCUCUUGGGAGAGAUUCGAGGCGGCCAUGAACAAGCUGAACAACGAUCGAAAAGAAGUGAAAGAAUUACUGGGCCAAAUAAGCGAUCGUAAUAACAACUUGGAAGUACAGCGUGAAACUCUCUCGACUCGAUUGAGAAUCGUUGAGCAAUUGAAGGAUAUCCUUGAGCAGCAAAUCGGUAAAAAAGACGUCGAAGAUACGAUGCUCAAGUUUAACGAGGCAUCCAGAAACAUGAUCGAUGAGUCCAUGUAUAAACUUCAGAUCAGCCAAUUAACGAAAGAACUACAAAAAACUAAUGUAGACCUGUCAAAUCAUGAGGCCAAAUUAGAGUUAAUGGAGAAAGAAAUGAUAAGUGUACAAAAAGCGUGGCAAGUGAGAAAAAGCGAAACCAUUCGACGCGUCUCAGCCGUUGAUGUAGCUACGGAGACCGUUGAAAAAGAGACGGAAAAAAUAAUGGAAAAACAAUUUGCCGUCAAAGCCACCCAAGUUGAAUUAAAAUUACGGUCGAUCGAAUGUCAAUGUGAUAUCAAAGAAUCGCAGAGAGUCGUUGUCGAAAGCGACGACGAGACCGGUAACGGUGUUCAAAAUAAAAAAGACGACACUUCUGCGACUGUGCCAAACGUGGCGAUUCUGCAAGAGCAGCUUGGCCAAGCUCUGGCUCUGGCCUCGAAGCGCGCCCUGGCCGUGGCGAAAUGCGAACCCGGCCUCGCGGAGUACCAGACUCUCGUCGACCUCAUCGAAGAAAAAUUGACCGCCAAAAGCAGCAACGUCGUGCCCGCCGCCGAGCCCGCCAAAUCAAGCGAGGACAUUGCCCAAAUUACGUCGGCCAAUGAGGCCCUGCUGUCCACGGUGCGCAGUUUGGAGAAGCUGCUGAUUUGCAAGGACGAAACCAUCGAGAGGUAUCAGGCGUUGAUGAAAGAGGAUCGUGAAAAACACAACGAGGCUGUUGAGAGAUAUCAGGAAGAAAUUCGCAGCUUGAAAAAAAUUUACUCCGAUAGGAAAGUCCCUGAAAUAAAGCUAGAUGAUUUAGAUGAAGAAUCCGAGUACCCAGAGAGAGACAUACCGAUUGGAGAAACAGCUCGAAGCAACAGGUCGGAAGAGAUCCUCAGUCUUAAAGAAAAAUUACAUCGACUCGAAUCAGAGCUAAACGUUAGCAAUGAAGUAGCUGAGAGAUGGCAUCGACUGGCCGAGGAUCGAUUGAAACACUUGGACAGUACCCGACAAAGAUUGGAGCAGCAGCACAAAGAGGAAAUGGACAGUUAUCGUAAAGAGCUGAUCAAAAGACAGCACGAGGUGAACGAGCUGCGUUAUCAGAUGAGCGAAGUGCGCCGGUCAGCGAAAUCCGAAAUUCAGUCGUUCAUGGAAGCUCUGAAAAUAGAAGACAACAAAUUGGCGGAAGAAAUCGAGAACGAUUUGGAAGAUCACGUGACGGUGGCAUCUCAAAAGUUUUCGACUACUUAUACGGUCGACGACUCGAGGCGUUCGGAUUACGAGCCCACUCAAACACACAUAGAAAAUCUACGCAAACAACUUCAAGCUCACAUAGAAAAAGAAAAAUCGUAUAAAAAUGAAAUUACCGAGUUACAGCAGCAAUUGAGCCGAAGGUACAUGGCCAUUAAAACUCAAGAGAAAAAAGCAUCUAAGCGUGAGUUACAACUGGAACGAAAAGUCAAGGAAUUGGAAGAAGAAUUGUACGAAGCUAAAGAACUACUCGACCGGCAUUUCAUUGCGAUGCAAGCCAAAAGAGCCAAAACCGCCGAGGACUUGGGUCUGUGGGAAAAGUUGAAAAAUUGGCAGAAAGCGGCGGAGCGUCUUAAGGAAAAAUUGCGCGAGAAGACCGAAGAGUGCCAGAAACUGCAGCAGAAUCACGACAAGCUGCGCAAUCUCAUCGCCUGCAUGGAGCGGGAAAAAUGGUUUCUACGCGGCAAGUUCAUUCGCGGCGAGAGCGCCGUCAAUGUGCCGGUGUGGUCGUCCAGCGGUGCGCCGUCGCCGUUGGAGCAGCAGCAUCAUCAUAGCAACAAUAACAACAACGACGCGCUGGUUGAGGAGCUGCAGAGAGAAUGCCAGGAGCUGCGGGAGCGCAUUAAGGAGCUGGUCGGCCGCUUGAGCCGCCAGGACAGCGAGAAAAGCGACGAAAUCAAGAGAUUUGCAUCGGUCGCUUACGAGGACAAUGAUUUCAUAAAAACAGAACUGAAAACUCUCAUAGAAACUCAAGAGAUUUUGGAAAAAGAAAAUUUGAAGCUCGAGACGGACAAUUUCGAGCUGCGUUUGGAACUUGAGAGAGCCCACGUCAAUAUGCCUCGAUACGAAGAGAAAAUACAACACUUGGAAAAGUACAUCGAGCUGAUGAAGUCGGAGAAGGCGGCGUCGGCCGAGCUGUCGACCCCCAAGACGACCUGCUACAUCCCGACGAUGACGUCAACGACGACGACGACGCUGACCUCGACGCAGAAUCGUCGCGAGGGCACUCAGCGCACCAAGAGCGAGCUCGAGCGCACCGUGCUGACUCUGAAGAGUCUGGUGGAGAAGCUCCAGCAGGAGAACAAGAGGCUGCGCUCGAAUCUGCUGCACAGCGACAUGGAGACUAGGCCCUGCGACUGCUACUAUCUGCGGGCCGAGCUCGAGAAGGCCAGCCAGAAGAUCGUCGACCUGGAGACGGACCUCGAGAUGACCGAGAAGCGGCUGGCCCUCAUGGAGAGUUUGGCCCUGGAGAAGUGCGACGAGGGCGCCUCGGGACAAGUGGCUCUUCUCAGGCAGCAGCUGGACAGUAAGUCGCAGCUACUGCUCAAAGUCAAGGAUUUGUUGGCGAAGGCCGUGGCCAAUGAAAAAGCACUAAGGCACCAAAUACAGCAACUUGAGUUUAAGCAAACACUUUCUAUAAUACCAGAGUACGGAUCAAGUUUAUCUCAUGCAUAAAAUAAAAUAAACUCUUCAAAUAAAAGCACAAUAUUUUUACACUAUUUUAC